AUGAAGGCCACUGUGAUGAGAAGAGUCUUGGUCGUAAUAUUCACCCUCAUAAGUUUGGUGGUAUUAUUGAUCAAGUUUGUACCAAUCAAUUCUAAUAAUAACUUACAAAAGGUGCUUUUUGAAAGCUAUUUGAGUAGUUUGCAACGGAACAACGAACAGACGUUACAACAACAAAAACAAAACGAGGAACUUAGCAAAAAAUUGGAAGACAUAGCGUCUAAUUUGUUGAGAAAACAAGAAGAAAGGAUCAAUGAGUUGGAAAUGGAUCGUAAAUCCUUGGAAAGAAAAUUGGUUUGUAACAGCAAUCCACCAGAAGAUGCCAGUCUCAGAGAAAAAUUGGCGUUCAUUUAUCCUUAUGACAGCACUAGAAAAUUCCCUGCUUAUGUCUGGCAAUGCUGGAAGUAUGGUUUGAAUGAUGAUCGUUUUGACACUAAGUUCAAAGAUGGUGAAACUGCUUGGGCCGUCAGAAAUCCUGGUUUUGUUCAUGAAUUAUUUAACGACGACACACUGACAGCCAUGGUCCACCAUUUAUACAAAGGGAUCCCUGAAAUUAUCGAAGCUUAUAGUUCUUUGCCUUCUAUCAUCUUGAAGAUGGAUUUCUUCCGUUAUUUGAUCUUGUUAGCAAGAGGGGGUGUUUACGCUGAUAUUGACACCCAUCCUUUGCAGGCGGUGCCAAAUUGGAUCCCUGAAAAUGUUUCACCAAAUGAAGUUGGUAUGAUUGUUGGUAUUGAAGCUGAUGCCGAUGAUAGCUCAUGGAAGAAAGUGUAUGCCAGAAGAUUGCAAUUUGGACAAUGGGUUAUUCAAGCUAAACCUGGCCAUCCAAUCUUGAGAGAAAUUGUGGUCCAAAUCACCCAAAAAACUUUAGACAAAAAGAAGAAGGAUGGUAAGACUUUCUUGGAUCCUGUGAACACCAACUUGGAUAUAAUGAGAUGGACAGGUGCCGGUAUGUGGACCGAUGUGAUCUUCACCUACUUCAAUGAUUACGUGUUGAGUGGAAUUUACACUAAGGUGACUUGGAAGGAUUUCAUCAAUUUGGAAGUUCCAAAAUUGGUAUCCGAUGUAUUGGUUUUGCCAAUCACUAGUUUCAGUCCUGGUAUUGGCACCAUGGGUUCAAAAGACGAAGAUGAUCCAUUGGCUUUUGUCAGACAUUACUUUGAAUGCAACUGGAAGCAUAAGGAACCGGUAGCUGGCUCAUCUUCUUCGCCAUUGGCAGGAUCCAAGGACAAGAGCUUUUAA